AUGGUUCCAUCCCCGCUAAGUGUCGGAAAUUUAACCAAGCUUGAAUUCUUGAACCUUUUUGAAAAUCGGAUCUCUGGACCAAUUCCUCAUGAAUUAGGAAACUUGAGGAAGCUUAAUACGUUGGCGCUGUCCGCUAAUCAAAUGUCUGGCUCGAUCCCUCCAUCUUUUGGAAGCUUAACAAACCUUAUUGAUUUGCGCUUAUUCUACAAUCGACUAUCUGGUUCUUUGCCUCGGGAAUUUAACAAUAUUACAAAUUUGAAAGUUCUCCUAUUGUCGAACAAUAGUUUUUCAGGCCAUUUACCCCAUGACAUAUGCAAAGGAGGAGUUCUAUAUUAUCUCACAUUGAACAACAACCAUUUUGAAGGUCCAAUUCCCAAAAGCUUGAAAAACUGUACAAGCCUAGGCAGAGUCCGACUCGAGCAGAACCAACUAUCUGGGGAUAUAUCUGAAAAUCUUGGAGUGUAUCCACAUCUCUCGUACAUCGAUUUAAGCUUCAAUAAAUUGUCUGGUAAGCUCUCGCCAAAUUGGGGAGGAUGUCAUAAUUUGUCGCUCUUAAGAAUCUCCAGCAACAAGGUUACCGGAAGCAUACCAGCAGAACUCGGAAAGUUGACUCGACUACAACAACUUGACCUUUCCUCGAACUAUCUAUUGGGAGAGAUUCCAAAGGAUCUGAGCAAGUUAACUAAUCUCUAUAUCUUGACUUUGAGCAACAACCAACUUGUUGGAGAGGUAUAUCCAGAAUUCGGAGAGCUAUCUAAUUUGGAGAUUCUUGAUCUGUCAGCAAAUCAACUAAGAGGAAGGGUACCAAAACAAUUAGGUAACUGUGUGCAACUUCAAUCGCUAAAGCUUGGAAACAAUCAUUUAAAUGGAAGCAUUCCCUUUCAAAUUGGAAAUCUAGUAAACUUGCAAGACUUUCUGGAUUUAAGCCACAACUCAUUCACUGGAGAGAUACCAUCACAAUUUGGCAAACUAGAUAAGCUAGAAGUUCUGAACCUAUCACACAAUGAGCUAACCGGUCAUGUUCCACCUUCUUUGAGUGAUAUGAUGAGCUUGUUAUUUGUAGACUUAUCAUACAAUGAAUUAGAAGGCCCACUGCCCAACAACAGAAUUUUUCAGAAUGCUCCAGUGGAGUGGUUCGCCCACAACAAGGGUUUGUGUGGUUCAGUGAAAGGUUUGCCUUCAUGUGGCUUCCAUACAACCAGCAAAGAUGAUUCAAAUAAGCACCACAAACUUGUCUUGUUAAUAACUGUUCCUAGUAUCUUAUCUUUAUUUGUUGUAUUUGUUUUGCUAAUUCUGUGGAAGAAAUAUAUGAGAAAUGAUGCAAGUAUUGAAGAAGGUGGAUUCUCUAUUUGGAACUUUAAUGGAGAAGAUGCAUACAAUGGCAUCAUUCAAGCAACAGAGGAUUUUGAUGCCAAGUAUUGCAUUGGCACUGGAGCAUUUUCUAGUGUUUACAAAGCACUGCUGCCAAGCGGCAAGUUGGUAGCUGUGAAGAAAUUUCAUGCAUUAGAAAUUGAAGACUCACCAAGCAAGCAAACUUUUUGGAAUGAAAUACGGGCACUAACCCAGAUUCAAUCGGAAUAUUGUGAAGCUUUAUGGUUUUUGCUCCAAUGCUCAACAUAA